AUGAAUACAUCACCCAACGAUCCUUUUACGCAGGAAAUUCAGCGACUAAGGGCUGAUUACGAGAGAAAAAGAGCGCGGUCUAACUUUGGUUCUGCUAGUGGCCGACGGGUAAUCGACCUCAGUUUAGGAUUGGUUGACGGUGUGUUCUGCUACACGUAUUGGUACGAGCACCAGUGCAUCCGGCUGGCUGAUAUUCCCGGCACUAUUUCUGGUGAUAUACUCCGCCUACAACAAAAUUUGCCCGACUCAGUCGACCACGGCGAUCAUGAAAUCAUCGGUGACCAAGUACGCCCCCUCGUGAAUGCGCCACCGCUUCCAGUGCUAGAUGAUGACUCCGAGGAACUUGAUACAACUCUGACCUCGCUACCAAUUGUUGAAGUCGAUUCCAGCAAACAUUUUGUCAAGAAAGGCAAAUAUAAGAGCGAAAUCCGCAAUCUGCUCGAAUGCCAAGGUGGAUCUUGCCCAGGGGUUCCGAAAUCUUCCCACAUCAUUCAAUUACUGGGAAAGUCGCCAGAGGGGAAGCUGGUUUUCGAAAAAUUCAGGCCUCGAUACGUCUUAGGGUACAUGUAUCCCCUUGCUGUCCAUAAAGACUGGAUUUUGCAAAUAAUCUCCGGAAUGAAGAGACUUCAUUCCCUUGGGAUUAUUCAUCGUGACCUUCGCAUCGACAACAUUGUCUUCUCUGACACAUCCCGCGUGCUUAUCUGUGAUCUCGAGGGUCGUUGGGGAAAUCGUCUAGCUCCUGAGGUUUCUCGCGAGCCGGUGUUGGACGCUGGCUGGACAGAGAAAUCGGACAUCUAUGACCUCGGCUAUCUUAUAAAAGGCAUGAUAUACGGAAACGUCCCGAUAACAAUGGCGGUGGAAUGGGUUGUUCCCCCUUCUCUUGCUGCUGUUGUGGAAGCCUGUACCCGCAAUAAGCCCGAAGAGCGCCCUAAUUUGGAUGAUUUAUACGCUAUGGUUGAGAAGAUGAAGAUUACUACUUAA